UUUGAGUUUUCUUGUUUGUUUGUUGAUAUCAUGUUUUUGUUGUGUAAUGUUUGUUCUUUUGUGCGUGUCUUGGGUUUUGUAUAACAGUGUUUCGUUGUGUAUGAGCUGGAUGGAAGUGGAGUUUUGAUCUGUAUUGAUUGUCCUUGUAUAAAUCGUGCUAAAAUGUUUUCAAGCUAUAAACUUUACAUGCCAAAGAACACUUGUUAAGAUUCUACUUGGUUCAUGAGUCAUUAACAAAAGUUAUUUCUGUUGAUGAUAUGCAAAUCCAUGUCAUUAAAUGACAAUUACUGGGCCUCUUUUUUUGGUGAGAAUUGGCUUAGUUUUCAAUGCACAUGAGUCUCAUCAUCUAAAGGCUUUAUUAAACUUUGAUUGGAUAUGAAGGCAUCAGAGCCAUCCCUUGUGGCUUGGAAAAAUGAGCUACUUUCAUUUGUGGGUUGGAUGUCAUUGGGAGAUUUGGGGCUGGCUGCAUGAACAGUAAAUUUGAGAAAGCAUCAGUGCCCAAAUGUUAAGUCAUAUCUGGGUUUUUGUUGGUCAAAUUUCAUGCCCAUGUAUGCAUUGGCUUCUACGAAUUUGAACUUUGUUUGCUAGCGAGUAGUGAUCAAGGUAGAGCGAGUCAGAUCAUAUAUUUGCUUUGUUUGGGACAUGCCUAAUUGUUGGUGGUCUGUUACGUCUGGGUGUGCUGAAAACAGAAUCUCGAGCCUGCAAGGAUGGAUGGCGAAUGGAUGGCAACUUGGUUCUUACUGGCGCUGCCCAUCUCAUAACUAGAAAUCUGCUUUUGAAUUUGCUGGAUGGAAUAUAGAUUUUAGAGACAAAUCAUCGCAAAAUGCAGCUUUUUAAGGAUACAACAUGUGGUGUGAGAUGAUGGACUUGUUCGAUCCUGGCAAGAAGAUGUUGAUGCAAGGAGAUUUCGAUCUGAACUCUGUACAGCGACACGCAGAUUCAUUUAAAGGAGUUAUAAAGCAGACAAUUCUCAAGCAGGAGGUUAUAUUUAGGACUCAGGUCCAUGAACUCCAUCAGUUAUAUAGGACGCAAAAAACACUGAUGAAGGAUCUUGGUAGUAAGUGUUGUGGUGGAUACAAUUCAUGGGAUGCAAAUGUACAACCAUCUCUACCACCUUUUCCGAACCCUUCAAGAAUUGAACCAUUGGCGAAAGAAACAGGAAUUUCCUCAAUUUCCAAGGAGCUUGUCUUUCAGGUGGGUCCAGCACCUUUCGCAAGCAAGGAGUUGUUACAUGGGUGCCAAGAUACAUAUUAUAGACUUAAGCAGAUGCCUCUUGAUCUUCAACUCUCUGCUAACAAACUCAUCAACCAUGUCGAGGAAGAUCGCCCAAACAGAGGACAUGCCUGGAAUCAUCCCUUAAAAGAACCAAUAGACGUUAAACAUCCUCUCUCUGCUAAUUACUCUUCAGGUACAGAGGAGUUGAAGCUUUCCCUGACUACUAGAGAUGACUAUAGAAGAACAGAAGGUACAUUGCGGACUUGGUUUGAUAAGAGAACUCAUCAGUACUGUUCCGUGAUUGAUCUGGAAUCAGAAGAGAGGAUAUCAGAUGACAGUGCAAAAUGCACACCUUCUGUUGGCUGUGCUACUCCAGAAACUUAUUCCCCAGGGAAGUACAAAAAAGUUUCUGCCUUCUCUAGUUUAAUUUUCUUAACUAGUGCAGAGAAAGAUCCAUCUGUCGAGAUUUCAGAAAGCAGCUAUUUUCAAGAACAUAGUGAAUGCUGCCAAGAGCAGACCUCUUCUAAUGAAGGAAUUAUGGAGUGCCAUGAUGAUAACCUGUGUAAUAAUCUUUCCACCAAAAUGAAACAGUCCUCUUCACAUAAAGGAACUGAUUUGGACCUCAACAAAGCUCACUUUGAUGACCCGUCAUGUUUCUCAAAUGAUCCUCUAGUGGCCUGUCCUUCACCAGCUAGAUCAGCUGGUGACUCUGCGGCAGUUAUUAGGAGCAUGCAGGAAGAAACCUGUCCAACCACAUUUUGGGACAAACAGGUCAAUAGCUGCUCAAAUGAAAUUUCUGACAUGCUUGCAGAAAAUAAUUUCAUAAAUGCUACUGAAGUAGAUUUAAACAGCACAACUAGGAGUACAGAUGUUUGGACCGGAAAUUCUGAGCAGGAUGGAAUAAGUGGUACUUUACCAAACCCUACAGGCCCGGAGCCCAUACCCAGCCCCCCUGUAGACAUUUCUGAAGACAUCGACAGGUACACUGGCGACCACAAGAAUGAUAAUGUUGUGAUGAAGGCGAAACUCGCGAAUUGUCUUCUACAUGAUUUAAAUCAAAUGCCUUUAGAUACUAGAGAACUGAGCUCUGAGAAGAGCCAAGUGGAAGAUGCUGUCUUUUCAUGUAUUGAUCAGUAUCAGAAUGAUGGACAUGGCAAUCAAUCUCCUGUUUCAUGCAAGUCUGGUAUUUAUGAUAAUGAUUCAAACAGUGGAAAGACAGUGCACUUUGGCAGUAUGUCUGGUGAUGUGAACACUGAUUUGAAAACCCUCUCAGGGUCACAAGUUGCCGGUGCCUCAUCAGAUGAGCAUGACCUAAGAACUUCUGACAGUGGUGAUUUGAAAAAUGAAUGCUACGACAAGAAAGAAGAAUCAGCUGAAGUUGAUGUUUUGAUGAAAAGAGCAGCUGAAUCACUUGUAGAUAUGUCUUUGAAGAAUUUAAUUUGCUUUCAAGAUUCUUUUGCCAAAGAAGGGUCCAAGGAGAUGAGAAAAGAGACGAGGGAGCAGCCACAGUAUACUUGCGAUUCUUUUGAAUUAAUGGUUAUGGAACUAACGGAAAGCAAUGUGGAUGAAAAUUCAGUGACAUCAAAGCCAUAUGAAGUAAAUGAUAUGGAAACAAAAGAUUUUGGUUCUAAACUGAGACGAGGAAGGAGAAUGAAAGAUUUCCAGAAGGAGAUACUGCCUGCUCUGGCAUCUCUUUCUAGACACGAAAUUCAUGAGGAUAUAAACAUUAUCGAGGGAGUUUUAAGAUCAAGAGAAUACCGCAAAAUCAGAGGCAAGAUGGCAACAAAUGGAGAGAACUGGUCUCCACUGGUGAGAAGUAGACGGUCAAGACUCAAUAAUGUUGGGAGGAGAAGAAGUUCAUCGAAGUUCAACUAGAAGUCAUUAACAGCUUGAUAACUGAUCAUAUCCAUUCUAGGUCUAUAGAACAUCUUUGCAUAUAUAGCAGCACACAUAGUUCGAUCUCAUUUCCUAGCUUUAGAAACAGAACCCAGUGCUUCAAAUAGAUGGUUGGUCAUCACAUUUUAUUCCAAGUCUUACUAGAGCAAUAUUUUUCUUCACGCACACCUAUUCAGCACCUUCAAUGCUUCAUUUUUUCUUUUUUUCCCUCUUAUCAGAGCAACUUUUACAUGUUUGUUUUCCCUCGGUGCGGUAUUAAGCGAGAAAGUUGAAAUUUGCUGAUGGCAAAGAAAGUUAUCGAGAGAGAGUUGAUAUUUA